AUGGCACUUUCUGCACAGCCCCGGAAGCUGGUAUACCUGGUCACAGGUGGCUGUGGCUUCCUAGGCGAGCAUGUGGUGCGCAUGUUGCUACAGCGGGAGCCCCAGCUGCAGGAGCUGAGGGUCUUUGACCUACACCUGGGUCCGUGGCUGGAGGAGCUGAAGACAGGGCCUGUACAGGUGACACCAAUCCAGGGUGAUGUGACCCAGGCCCACGAGGUGGCAGCAGCAAUGGCUGGAGCCCAUGUGGUCAUCCACAUAGCCGGGCUAGUGGACGUGUUUGGGAGGGCCAGUUCCAAGACCAUCUAUGAGAUCAAUGUGCAGGGCACGCAGAAUGUGAUUGAGGCUUGUGUGCAGACCGGAACACAGAUCCUGGUCUACACAAGCAGCAUGGAAGUUGUGGGGCCCAAUGCCAAAGGCCAUCCUUUCUACAGGGGCAAUGAGGACACCCCAUAUGAAGUAGUCCACAGUCAUCCCUAUCCUUGCAGCAAGACUCUAGCUGAGAAGCUGGUUCUGGAAGCCAAUGGCAGAAAGGUUCGAGGAGGGCUGCCCCUGGUUACAUGUGCCCUGCGUCCCACUGGCAUCUAUGGUGAAGGCAGUCAGAUCAUAAGGGAUUUCUACCACCAGGGCCUGCACAUGGGGGGACGGCUCUUCCGUAUGAUCCCAGCAUCUGUGGAACAUGGUCGGGUCUAUGUAGGCAAUGUGGCCUGGAUGCAUGUGCUGGCAGCCCGGGAGCUGGAGCGUCGAGCUGCGGUGAUGGGGGGUCAGGUGUACUUCUGCUAUGACGAGUCACCCUACAGGAGCUAUGUGGACUUCAACAUGGAGUUCCUGGGGCCCUGUGGAUUGCAGUUGGUGGGCACCCGGCCACUGUUGCCAUACUGGCUGCUGGUGCUUCUGGCUACCCUCAACGCCCUGCUGCAGUGGUUGCUGCGGCCGCUGAUACUCUACACGCCCAUGCUCAACCCCUACACACUGGCCAUGGCCAACACCACCUUCACAGUCAGCACCGACAAGGCUCAGCGCCACUUCGGCUACACACCCCUGUUCUCCUGGGAGGACAGUCGGGCUCGAACCAUCCACUGGUUGCAGACCAAUGAAGGGUCAGUCAGCAAGGCCCAGUCCAGGCCUUGAAACAAAAGGUAGCAACUGGAGUCAGGGGUCAGACUCAGCGUUUCUUCCUGAGCCUGCAUAGAGGCUGCCCCUGCCCUGAGCCUCUGCAUUUCCAGGGCAUCUUUGCAACUCCUCUGCCUGGCAUCUGCCUGCUGAGGGCCUGACAGGCCUGUCCACAUCCCAGACUGGGCUG